UCUCUAGAUCUGUAGAUCUCUACGCUCCACGCUAUAUAUCACCAAGCUCUUCCAUUCUCCCAUUGCAUCCAACACACAGCAAACACUACUUUCUCCCUUCCUCUCCUCAUUUGAGAGGAAGUGAAACAAAGGAAAGCCAUGGCCUUCCAUGCGCCAACUCUAGCUCUAGCCAUUUCCCUCGCCCUCCUCUCCACCUGCAUUGCCCAAUCACCGGCCUCCUCCCCCUCCGCCACCACCAACCCCCCGCCAGCCACCCCCGCCACACCCCCUCCAACCACCACCUCUCCUCCCCCCGCCGCCAACCCGCCACCCGCCGCAACUCCACCCCCUGUCACCACUCCACCGCCUGCCGCCAAGCCACCGCCGGCCACCCCGCCUCCCGUCGCCACUCCGCCACCAGCCACCCCUCCACCCGUCGCCACCCCGCCGCCGGCCACCCCUCCACCCGUCGCCACUCCGCCUCCGGCCACCCCUCCUCCAGUCGCCACUCCGCCGCCCGCCACCCCUCCACCGGCCGUGCCGCCGCCACCCAUGGCACCGCCACCCGCUCCAGUGCCCCCAGCAUCGCCGCCAGCUGCCACGCCCGCGUCCUCCCCUCUGAAGGCGACCCCUUCACCGGCUCCCGCCACCUCGGCACCGACUCCGUCGAAGAUUCCGUCCCCCUUGGCUUCCCCUGGUCCGGCAUCGGCGCUGACUCCAGCGGCGGAGCCAGCGUCGUCCACCACAGCUGAUUCAGGCGCCGGUGUGCAUGGUGUCGGCAUGGGGGUGCUUGCAUUGGUUGGGGCUGCUGUGAUGCUUCUCUAGAGGAUCGUUGCAGCCUUGGACCGUCGUACGAUGCAUUUAUUUGGAUUUGAUCCUAUAUAUAUGUUUUUUUCUUUUUUUGAUGAAAUUUGAUCCUAUUUGUAGAUUGGGAAUAUUGUCAUUGCUGUGAUAGCCCUCACUUAUAUUUUUCUUUACUUUGUUUGUCUUUCUUUUUGUGGAAUUCGAGGACGUCAUUUGAGAGGGGGCCUGAGGACUGCUGCAUAUAUUUUUGUAUCAUCAUUUUGACUUAGAUGAAUAAGAUGAGGCCAUUAUUGUCUGUGCA